AUGGCCGAUACAACAAAAUCAGUCUGGAUUGAAAAAUUAAAAUCAGCUAAAAAAGCUGGUCUUCUUCAAAAUGAUCGAAAAAAAAUUCAUUAUACAUUCGAUGAUCAAACAGAAAUGGUAGAAGAAUAUGAUGCAAAAACUAAUCUACUUUUAAUUCGAAAAUGGCGUCAAAAAUCAAAUAGUGGUUUAAAAACUCUCGCUUCAUCAGAUGUAUGGACAUUUGAAAUUGGUCAAAAUUAUGAAACACGACCAAUUGCAGAUAAUACACUUGGUAUGACAGAAAGUACUACAACACCAAUGUUUUCACGUAAUGAUAAAAAUGAUUCUUUUGAAAUUCGUAUACGAAAUUUACCAUAUUCAAUUGAUAUAUAUCAAUUAACAAUUGAUAAAGAUAAACGAGAAUUUAUUUUACGAACAACAAAUAAAAAAUAUUUUAAACGUUUUUCAAUUGCUGAUCUUGAUCGAUUAAAUCUUCCAUUAGAAGAAAAUAAUUUAUCAUAUUCUCAUGCAAAUAAUACAUUAAUUAUAAGUUAUAAAAAACCAAAAGCUAUUCUUGACUUAGAAAAACAAGUACAUGAUGAAUUAAAAAAAUUAAAUAUGAAAAAAGAGGGUGAUAGUGAUUGUCCUGUCAGUUAA